AUGGCUCGUACAAGACAGACAGCUCGUCGUGGUGGUGGUGGCAGUGCCCCACGCAAACAGCUGAACAACUCCAGCAGAUACGGAGGUGUGCGUCACUACGAUGAAGAAUACAUGAAGGCCCAAAAGAAGGCCGAGCGCCACGAACGCAUUGUGGCAGACCAGCUACGUGUUGAUGCCAAAUGGCGACCCAAGAUCCCCGCAGUUCGCAAGGUCAACUGGGAGGACUUCAAGAACCACUUCCAAGAUGUCGACAAGCCAGAGUAUGCCAUUGAGGUUUUGGUGGCCAACGCCAAUCUCCAAUCUCAGAUCAGACAGGAGCAGGGACUUCGACGCAAGGAGGACUUUGCCCGCAUGCGCGAGAGCUGGAUGAAAGAAUGGGGCGCAACCAAGCCUGAAGGUCCCCAGAAUAGUUCGUCUGCCCAAGACAGGGCGAGAAGAGAGGAUAGAGCCAGGAAGGAAAAGAGAGCCGACAUGGCUCAGCUUCCUGGAGGACAGAUUCAACGUGUCCGGAUCCAAUCUCAGCCCGUUCUCGGUCAUCUUACCGCCCUGUUCAAUGAGACUUACAAGAGAUCUUCGCCGCGGACGUUCCUGCGACCCUUCAGGUCUCUCGUCUACUUCCAACCCAAGAUGAAGGCAAUCUUGGCAUCUUUGGAGGAGAAGUGGGGCGACGUUGAGGACCUGGACGAUGUCUCUGGUAGAGGUGUCGAUACCUUUGACGAUGUUGAUGUUGUUGAGAAGCCCGGAAGCUCCACUACAUCUGGCGAGAACAAUGAUGACGCUCAGAAGAAUGAAUCCGGUGAAGAUUUCCCUGACGAUAUCUCCCUGGCAUCGGUUGACUCCAAUGCUGAGGACAUUGACUUGUUCAUGGACAGCACCGAGGCCCUCCGCGACAUGCGCUGCUACGUCAACUUUGUAGACGAGGAGAUCAUGCCGCUGUACCAGCAGUUUGAUGGAAACUCGGCUACCACUGUCAGAUACGACGACCUUUGGGCUCUGUUCCGUGUCGGUGACCUGAUCUACUUUCCAUCAGCUGGAGAGACUGGUGGUCGUUACCACGAAGUCUGGCGCAUCUACCGUGUCGAGUCACCAGAUGCAGACAUCUCCUAUCCCAAGGCGGGAGGCGAGUUCUACGCUGACGAGUUCGGAGAGUCGAGGAACGAAGGGUUCAAGAUCUAUGCCUACUACAUUGACCACGAUGGCACGAGCUUUGGUGCCGUCCGUCACAAGUUUGAGAUUGAGAAUUUCCCUGGAGAGCGUGCCAUUGACAGCCUGGAGGUCUUCCCGAUUCGUUUCUGGGACGAUCGCCAGAACGCCCUGGAUACUCUGAAGUCACAAGGACGAAGCUUCCAGAAAUACCUCGAGGCCAGCAACCGUCACCAGUCGUACUCGGCUUGGACUCUGACUCGCAACCCGCCUUUCGAUACCGAAGAUGUAGAAGAUGAGAUCCUCAGAGAUGAGAACAAUGCUGAGAUGCGUCACCCAGAGUUUGUGGAGAGUGACGUCAUUGUCGACAUGAUGGAGGCCUACCACAAGAAUCCCGACUGGCGACCUAGAUUCCACACACCGGCACUGACCAAGCCAAUUCUCUGCAACGGAGAGGAGGAUGAGAUGCCAAUCCAGCAAUGGUAUGACGGAGCACGCGGCAAGCUCGCAUAUACAGUGAAUGAACUUGUUCAAACCAAGGACGGCAUCGAGACCUAUCAACGUCGCGAGAAUCUCAACGUGGACAAGUUCCUGCGCCAGAGGGUUAGGGGAACGCGCCGGUAUGAGAAGGAUCCCACGGCUCUGGAGCUGCGCGAGGAGGACCUCAUUCUCCUGCCCAGGCGCAUGUUUGCCUAUGUUCUACGCGAGCGUAGAUUUGUUCCGGUCAACAUCAACUUUCUGCAGCCGAUCCGCCGCGACCAGGGUGUGUUUGAGAGUCUCAGCAUCCAGAAGGACUACAAAGACAUUGUGCGCGGUCUGGUGGUCUCGCACUUCCAGAAGAAGGGACUCGAGCGUCGCUAUGCCGAAGUUCCCGUCGAAGGUACUGGCCAGGAUCUGAUCCAGGGUAAGGGUCGAGGUCUUGUUGUCCUCCUUCACGGUGUGCCCGGUGUGGGUAAGACGGCGACUGCUGAGGCAGUCGCCAUGGAGAACCGCAAGCCGCUGUUCGUCAUCACUUGUGGUGACCUCGGUCUGUCUCCGUCCCAGGUCGAGUCGUCGUUGACCAACGUCUUCCGCCUGGCCAACCUCUGGGACUGUGUACUUCUGCUCGACGAAGCCGACGUGUUCCUUACGCAGCGGUCCAACGAUGACAUGAACCGUAACGCCCUAGUCUCGGUCUUUUUGCGCGUGCUCGAGUACUACAACGGUCUGCUAUUCCUGACGACCAAUCGUGUAGGCAGCAUCGAUGACGCCUUCAAGUCGCGUAUUCACAUGUCGCUGUACUACCCGCCCUUGGACAAGACCCAGACCCGCGACAUCUUCCGCCUCAACAUUGCCAAGUUGCGCGCCAUCGAGGCCCAGCGCUGUGCCAUGACGGGCGAUCAGCCCCUUGUUAUCAAGGAAGAUGAUGUCUUGGCCUUUGCUUCCAAGCACUACGAGGACAAUGCUCGUCUGACGGCCUGCUGGAACGGCCGACAGAUCCGUAACGCCUUCCAGGUCGCCUCCAGCUUGGCCAACUACAAGUUUGCCGACGACGUCAAGACGGCACACGCCCUCGGCCGGGCUCCGCCUGCCGCGCCUGUCCUGGAUGGCAGCCUGUUUGAGAAGGUCCAGAUGUCGACAGUCAGCUUCGACAGACACAUGCAGGAUGGUCGGGGUAUCGAUACAGAUUUGCCACUGAGGACCACCUUUGACAGGAAGCACUGA